AUGGAGAGUGAGACAAACAGUGUGACGGAGUACAUGGAGAUUUCUCCGGCCAUGUACUCUUUGCUUGAACAAGAUGGUCUGAAAAGUGCUGUUCCUCCACUCCUGCAAAUUGAAUACAAAAAAGACACGAGCAAAUUAGUAUUUUCAAGUUCUAAAAUGAAUACUAUUAUCUUCAAGAAUUGGGUCCUUGAGAAGCAAAUAAACAUGAAACGGAAGCCCUUACAGAUUGACCGUUCAGUCGUGGAGUUCCUGAGAUCAGUGGACUGUGAUGAAAUGUCCAGAGAUCUCUUCAUAUCUCAUGGAAUAACUGCUGUCUACACAAUCGAAAAUGGAGAUGUUGUUGUGAUUGGAAGCACAGAAAGGGCACUUGCUGAGGCAGAGAAAAGGGUGAAUAUUGUUCUUACAUCCAAAAGCAUCACUGUAGAAGAUCGGGGUGUCCUUCAAGUGCUGCAAUGGUUGGAUCUCAUCAGGAGCCUAGAAUGUUUACACAACACUGCCAAAAUGGGGACUUUGCUUGUAGACUGGUCAGUGAAUAGAGACAAGCUAAUAGUGAGUGGUUUCAGAGAUUCUGUGAAGGAGGUUAGUGAGAGUAUUGAAUGUUUCAUUGAGAAACACACUAGAAUUGAAGAAACAGUUUGUGUCAAAUCACACGCUGUGGUUGAAUUUAUAAAAGACAGAAAAUCAAAAGAAUGGCAGCAUUUUAUUAAGUCUGAUAAAGUGAAAGUGAGUUUUGAUCCAAAAGGACCCUGUAUUAAACUGUCUGGAGAGCGUGCAUUUGUCCAGCCAGCUUUGACUUUCUUUAAAAGUUUGGCAGAUGGUCUCUACACGGACACACUGAUCAUUAAAAAGGCAGGAGCAAAAAAGUACUUCACGGAGCAGGGUAAAAUGAUGCUCUCAAUGUUUGUGAGAGAAGAUGGGUUUAUGGUGGUACUUCAGGAAGAUGAUAUGCUGGAGGAAGAGAAUGAUUUUUCUCAAGGUACAGUUGGGCCUCUAGGCAGAGUCUCCAGUUCCUGUUUUAACGUGCACAUUCUGAAAAUAGGUCAUCUGACCCUUGAGGUUUCAUCAGGGGACAUAACCAAAGAAAAAACUGAUGCGAUUGUCAACUCUUCAAAUCAGACAUUUUCUUGCAAAUCAGGGGUAUCCAAGGCGAUUUUAGAUGGUGCUGGAUUACAAGUAGAACAGGAAUUAUUACAAAUGGCUAAAGAUACAAAUUUUCAGAUAACAGAGAUUGUGACCUCAUCUGGCAAUCUCCCAUGUAAAGAAAUAAUACACAUUGUUGGAUGUACUAAACCAUCUGAUAUUCAGCUUAAAGUUUUGUCUGUUCUAAAGUUAUGUGAGACUCACAAAUAUACUUCUGUUGCCUUCCCAGCUUUAGGCACAGGUCAAGGUGGAGCUAAUCCAUCUGAUGUUGCUGAUGCAAUGAUCAGUGCAGUGAGUGAAUUUGCGAUAAAAAAUGAACCAGUACAUGUUAAAAGUGUGGAGUUUAUUAUAUUCCAGACAAGCAUGUUGGCUGACUUUCAUCAAAAAAUGCAACAAAGAGCCAUGAAGCCGAAGAAAGGCAUAAUUAGCAGAAGUAAAGGGCCUCGCGCCCCGGCUGCAGGCUCUAUCCCCAUCCUCCAGCGGGGGGCGGGCCUCGGUGGCCCCGCCCAACAGGACCUAGGGAGAGGGACAGAUUUCGGGGCAGGGGGGAAGGGGAGACAGGGGAAGAGAGAGAGAGAGAGAGACAGAAGGAAGGGGCUCGCCGACCCCGGAGCAUGCCACCAGCAACCACUGGGCAGUCUUCUUCGGGAGACGGGAGAUGAACUGUUCCAGCACCACCGUGUUGAUGAUGGUCUCUGCGUCGCUUCCUCCGGCCAACAGCCAUUUGAGGCACGAUUCCCGGAGUUGCUGUGCCAAGACAAAGGGUCGGCCCGCUUUGGUCAGCUCCAGCGACCGGAAGCGCUGACGAUGUUGUUCGGGGCUGAGGCCGACCCUCUGGAGGAUGGCUCUUCUAAGAUCGGCAUAGACCAGGAGGUUCGGGAAGGGCAGUUGUUGGGCAGCCUUCUGGGCCUCCCCCGACAGCAGUGGGAUCACCCGGACGGGCCAGCUGUCCAUUGGCCACCCACAUGCCUCCGCCGUCUUCCCAAAGAGGUCAAGGAAUGCCUCCGGGUCAUCAGUUGGCCCCAUCUUCGUGAGCGGCAUGUGGGGGGAGGGGCCGGCACUAGGGGAGGCCAUCCUCAUCCGACCUUCCCAGUCCAGCAAGCUCAGGAACAGCUCGCGGUCCUCCUGCUGGGCCUGCAUCAUGGCCUGAAACCAGCGGUCAUGGUCGGCCCGUGGAUCCAGCAGGGCUUUGUGUUGUUCCUAAUGCAGGCCCGCGAGCGAUCGGAUUUGAAUAAAGCCAGUGCCCUGAUCAACAGCUUGAUUAACCAGGAACAUAUGAACAUCACAAUCCAUGAUCCAGCCAUCGCUUAUUUCACCAAUGAGGAUUUAAAUAUACUGAGCAAAAUGGAAAAGGAACUCAAAGUAAGUGUCAUAACUGAGAAGAAGGGCCAAGACUCUGUCAUCACACUGAAGGGCCUGACAGGAUUUGUCCAAACUGCAGAGAGUCGUAUUCGGGAUAUUAUCCGCAAAGUGGAAAGGAAUGAACACCAUAAAAGACUGGCAACUUUGACCAGCAGUAUAGUUGAAUGGCAAUAUCUAAGUGGUCAUGACUUUAAAGGAUUUGAUAUUUUCACCAAUUGUGACUUGGAAGAGGCCUUUAACCAACAAACAACCUCUGUGCAAAUCAAGAUUGACAGUAAAGUGUAUAAUGCAGACAUAUUUCACAAAGUUGCCACAAAGGGAAAAAAACGUGUUGAAUUAAAGAGAGUAGAACUGAAAGCUGCAGUUCAAAGUUCUCUGCCUUCACACUGGGAGGACAUGAAAGGACAGCCGGUUGUUCUUGUAAAACUCAGCGCAGACUCAAAGGAAUAUGCAGAUGUGGAAGAAGAGUUUAAAAAAACUGGACUAUCCAGCAAUAUCAUUAAAAUUGAAAGAGUCCAGAACAGUGCACUUUGGAGAAACUACUUGAUCAAAAAGGAGGAAAUGGAAGUUAAAAACAAGCAUAAAAACAAUGAAAAGCUUCUGUUCCAUGGCACUGACACUUAUAAGACCGAUCAGAUCAACAAUCAGGGCUUCAAUCGCAGCUUCGCUGGCAUGCAUGGAGCCACGUAUGGGAAUGGCACAUAUUUUGCUGUUGAUCCGAGUUACUCUGCCCAAGGCUACUCUACACCUGAUGUCAAAGGUCAUAAACGCAUGUACCUCGCCAGGGUGCUCGUUGGGGACUUUACUCAAGGAAGAAAAGGCAUUCGUACUCCUCCAAAAAAGAGUUUACAAAGUGUUGAUCUUUAUGACAGUGUGACAGAUAAAACUAACAACCCAUCCAUGUUUGUGAUCUUCAAUGAUGUACAAGCUUACCCAGAAUACUUAAUCACAUUCCGGAACAAAUUAAAUUGUAAAGUUUAA